AUGUUAGCUCUACCUUACUCGCGACAUGCCAACAUCGAGCGUGACGAACAGUACCGUAAUGCCUUCAUCGCCCGCCACCAGCUCUUCGCCCUCGUUCUUGCAACCUUCUCGCGCGUGUUCGCGCCUAUGACAUACCUCCAGUGCGCAUCCUCUGAGCCACGUUGGAAAACGCCAUCCACCCACGAGGCUACGAUCGACCGGCAGUACAGGAUGAUCAUCGAUGAUGACUACGCGCUGAUCGACGACGCCGACGAGCAAGAUGGCGGACCUCUGUGUCGAGAAGCUACAAUUGCCAUGUGGAAAACAAACGCCGAGCCAUUGCGGAAGGAAAGGAGGCGGACUGCCCGAGUGCAAAGGGAGAGAGUGGAUGCCAGCACCACGGAAGAAGCAGCGCGUGGCGGGGAGAGCAAUUCGCGGUCAGAGGUGGGGACUGUGACUAAAGGAAGGAGACGGCUCGAAUCACUAACCGAAUGUUCAGCACAUUAUUAUAUCGGAGCGGUCAUAUCCGAGACACGGUAG